UUUUGCGCUUCAUCUCACCUCAAGCCGAAGCACUGUGAUUCCAGCGUUCUAGAUAUGUCACCACAAGACCCAGAAGCGUCGUCCGUGCCGGAACACGGACCGCAGGAGGUACCUGAGGAAACCCGAGGGACGCUGAAGCGCAAGCGUGCCAAAUACGCGUCGCGGGCGUGUCAUUAUUGCCAGCGACGCAAGAUAAAGUGUGACGGCGCCGAUCCGUGCCGUCCAUGCCUCCAUCGCGACCAGCCAUGCCAUAGGCCAGAUGGGGAAGCGGAGAGUUCGAAGAAUGGCCAGAUGCCUGAUAGCAGUGCAUCUGAUCCAAUGAUCAGCUUUUUGCUGCGCCGGCUCGUGCAACUGGAAGAGCGUAUGGAGCGCCCGGAUGCUAACAACGUUGAUCCUCAGCUCGAAAAGUCCCUUGAGCAUCCUCCAAAACAGCUGGAAAGUCCGCAAGCUUCACACUCACCAACAGCUUCGCAGUCGAAACGCAUGCGAGAGAGCCAGGGAGUCAUGUGGGAAGAUGGGUCGCCAUUUGCCGGGGAGACGUCUGUGCGAUACAGCCUGGAGCUGAUGGAGGAUCGACUGAAUAGAUUGGGUGUGAAUCGUCUCGAGAAUGCUUCCAGUCCGCCACCGACUCAGACCUUGACACCUGCUAUACGACCAAGCACGCCGGACAGGACAAGCCUCGCAUCGCGGGGGGGCUGGAGAAGUACCGGGAAUAUGCGACAGCUGUUGGAUUCGCACGGUCUUGUUUUCCAACUAGACGAAUGGAAGUCCCAACUCGAGACCUAUUUCGCAGAGGUGCAUCCACUGUAUCCAUUUCUGUUCGCGCCAUCUACCUGGGACACCUUCAACGAGCUGUGGGCGGCCUACGCCUCAAACACGCCCAUGCCGAUAAGCGCGAACCAAGAUCUGGAGCUCCAGCUCGCCAUCCUCUUCCUCUGUCUCGCAACAGGCAGAUGCACUACGGCCAACCGCAAGCAAAACGAAGCACGGCAUAGCGCAGGGUGGAGCUUGUACUGCGUCGCCAAUGAGCUGAUUGGGGACGUUCUGAAUCUAUGCGGGAGUUCCAACGCCCCAACAUUACAGCUUCAAACUCUUCUUACAAUAGUCGUCUACUUGUUCCGUUUAGACGCCAAUGAAAGAGCGCAAAAUGUGCUUGCUCUGGUAGUCUCGCACGCACAUACACUUGGAAUCAACAGAGGCUCUAUAUCAGCGAAAGUGACCGCCUUCGAGGAUGAAAUGUUUCGCAGGAUCUGGUGGUGCAUCUACGUCAUCGACAAACGCUUAUGCCUUGAGACUGGUCGUCCUUUCCUGAUCAUGGACAUGAACACCGACGCAGCUUUACCGUCUGACGUCGAUGAUGUCUGGAUGUCGGAACAGAAAAACUCAGCCAGACAUAUAGCAAACGUGAGUACCACGCCCGGCGAGGUCGAUCCCUCGCCAAUAGCGUACUUGAAGGCCAUGAUCGGUUACUCGCGCAUCUCCAGCAAGGUAUGGGAGGCUGUAUAUGCAGCGCCAGUCGCGAAACAACCACUGAGCGACGUGCUUCGCGAAUAUGUGGAAAUCUCUCUAGAUCAGUGGCGCCAGGCUCUGCCCACCGCACUCAUUUGGACCUAUUCAGAAUCGCAUGGCCUUUCGGACAACCCUCCACGGGAUCGCCAGCGCUUCUUACUCCACUUAAGGUACAACUAUAUGAAAUUGAUGAUUCGAAAGCCUUCCUUACAACGGGGUGCGGUCGAUCUCGAACGAAACAUCACCUCUAUCGCAAUUGCGGACCUUAUUAUCUCAGAAUUUCUGCGCUGGCAUGAAGACUUGAAAGUCCUCACGUUCCCCUACGUCAGGUAUCUGCUCGGUGCGACCAUAGCUUCUUUGAGCAUCAUCAUCAGCGAGCCUUCGCUAUAUGACGCUCACAUAUCAUUGGUUGUCUCCGCCGCCGAGUUAUUGAAGACAUCCUGCUAUGAGAGUUGGGUUUCUGGGAAAACAACGCGGACAACUGCCCGCGUAUACAGCGUUGUACAGUCUAUGCGACACCUAGACCGAAGUCCUAGCUCGGCCCGAGUCACGAAUCAGAACCAAAUGCACUCCAUGCAGACCCGAGGGGCUCCGAGGACCGCUCAUCCACACGAUAACAGCAUCAAACACGGCUGGGUACCGGGGGAAAUUUCUGCGGCAAACCCACUGGUCUCCCCAGUCUCGUCUGGCCAGCCAGUCCAGGAGCAAGCGCUGUUGGCCGAGUACGGAAUGCCCGCGGAGUUCAUUUGGCCGGAUCUGAACAUGGAUGAGUUCGACUUCGAGGCUUCUCUGCGUGGCAGGGAUUUGGUUGAGGUGCCGGCAGAUACGUGGUUGGAUGGCUUGUCGUUCACACCAGUGAUUCCACUUUCGCACGCGUCGUAACAAACAAUACUACGAGUCGUUUUCGGCAUCAUUCGUCUUUGCAAACUGCAGAAAUUUUGAAACGCAUCGGUACUGGAUUAUCGAAUAUACACUCUACAUUCCGUCUCGAUCGCCUCAUUCAUGACUUGAUCACCAUACAUCCGACGAAUACAGCCAUCUUGGUUGGGCUUCUAUAUAUGUUCGCGCCACAAGAUCACAACUU